CCCGCCCGCCCCAGGAGCGCCUGCAGCGGCGGCCGGCGAGGAUCGGCUCCAGGAGAUGAUAGAAAGUGACAUCCCAUCCACGAUGUCAGGAAUUAUCCGCAACUCAGGGCAAAACCACCACCCCUCCCCACAGGAAUACAGGCUCCUGGCCACCACCGGCGAGGAUGACCUUCCUGGGGACCUGCAGUCACUGUCGUGGCUCACGGCCGUGGACGUGCCACGGCUGCAGCAGAUGGCGAGUGCCCGCGUGGACCUGGGCAGCCUCGGUGUGCCACACCCACACCCAGGUGCCUUGGCUGGGGCAGCGGACCUGCACGUGGGAGCCACCCCAGGUCCCCUGCUCCACGGCCCGGCUGGCAUGGCCCCCCAAGGUGUGCUGGGUUUGGGACCCACGGCCAGCCACGGAGCCAACAUGAGCCAGUUCCCUGUGGGGGGACAGCCCUCAUCUGGUCUGCAGGACCCGCCACAGCUGUACUCUCCCACCUCCCAACAGUUCCUGCGCCCCCCAGGCACCCAGCAGUACCCUCCCGUGGGCCUGUAUGGCCCCCCGUUUGGGGCACGGCCUCCCUACCCCCAGCCCCGCACAGCCGUGCAUUCAUCUCAGGAACUGCACCCCAAACACUACCCCAAGCCCAUCUACUCAUACAGCUGUCUGAUCGCCAUGGCCCUGAAGAACAGCAAGACGGGCAGCCUACCUGUGAGCGAGAUCUACAGCUUCAUGAAGGAGCACUUCCCCUACUUCAAGACGGCUCCCGAUGGCUGGAAGAACUCGGUCCGGCACAACCUGUCGCUGAACAAGUGCUUUGAGAAGGUGGAGAACAAGAUGGGCGGCUCGUCGCGCAAGGGCUGCCUGUGGGCCCUGAACCUGGCCCGCAUCGACAAGAUGGAGGAGGAGAUGCACAAGUGGAAGAGGAAGGACCUGGCCGCUAUCCACCGGAGCAUGGCCAACCCGGAGGAGCUAGACAAGCUGAUCUCAGACCGGCCGGAAAGCUGCCGACGCCCUGGCAAACCGGGGGAGCCUGAGGCCCCUGUGCUGACCCAUGCCACCACGGUGGCCAUGGCCCACGGCUGCCUGGCUGUCUCCCGGCUCCCGCCCCAGCCACUGAUGACCCUGUCCCUGCAGUCAGGCCCCCUGCACCACCACGUCCAGCCCCAAGCACAGCUCGCCCCAGACUCUCCUGCCCCAGCCCAGACCCCACCCCUGCAUGCCCUGCCGGCCCUGAGCCCCAGCCCUCGCCCGCACCCCACCGUGGGAAGGGGUCCCGUGGACUUCAUCAACAUCAGCACCGACAUGAACACCGAGGUGGACGCCCUGGAUCCCAGCAUCAUGGACUUCGCUCUGCAGGGGAGCCUCUGGGACGAGAUGAAGGACGAGGGCUUCAGCCUGGACACGCUGGGGGCCUUCGGAGACUCCCCACUCGGCUGUGAGCUGGGGGCCUCUGGCCUGACCCCCGUCUCUGGUGGCAGCAGCCAGUGCAUCCCAGACUUGCAGGUAACGGGUCUCUACGCCACGUACUCCACUCCGGACAGCGUGGCCGCGUCAGCUGCCGCCUCCUCCUCCCAGUACCUGGGCGCCCCGGGGAACAAGCCCAUAGCCCUGCUUUGAGCUGACGGCCUCGCCGGCCCCGGAGCCUGGGCCCGGGCUGACCGAGCCGGCUGUUCUGGAAGAAAGGCCCCUCACCCCCCCACAGGCCCCUGAACCUGCCGUGGGGCUGCCGGCUGGACAGAGGAGCAGUUCCUCUUGGCACCCCCUGGCCCUCUCACACCUCCGCAGGAGGCCUCCCCAAGUAAGAAGGGCAGAGGAGAGUGGACACGCACCCCGGCCUCCCCCACUGCCCCCUGAGACCCCAGAGGUGAGGUCUGGCCGGGCUGAGCACAAGGUGCCUCCAGCCUGCUUCCCCGCUGGGCCCCUCACGGACCUGCCGCCCGCUUGGGGACGCACUGCUGAGCCACGGAAACGCCCUGGCAGAGGCUCUGUAACUGAUUCUUCUGGGACACAGCAUCCGCCUCAGCCUCCGGCCGACAGGCCCCGAGGCCGGGAGCGGAGCCCGCAGACUGUCGACCUCCUCCUGGACCCGGGAGGCUGCACUCGGCACUGCGCGCCCGCGCCGCCGGCCUGCAGGCGCGCUCCUCCUGUAGCCUGUAGUUAGAACUUCACAGCGCAGAUCCCUGGGCCGUGCUGGGCACGGGGGCCCCGUGCACGCGUAUCUAUAUUUAUUGGAACCCGUCCACACCACCUCUUCAAACCAGCCCGCCGGGAAUGCGACUCCCUGGUCCCGCCCCGCGUCCCGGCAAUCCUCACGCCUCAGUUAUCUGUGCGUCACAUCUCCAACUGGCUCUUAAUCCCUCUGCAGCCUUGGGCUGCUGUUUAGAACAAACAAGUAUUUGGAUACUACGAAAUUUCCUUUUUUAAAAUUAGAGACCAGAUAUUUUUCUAACUGUUCUUGCCACGUGCCCCUGAGAGGGGAGGUGCCACAGUUUGGGGUUCAGGGAGCUUCCUAAGGGCGAAUCGGGACGGGCUUACGGGGAAUGGUGGGGGCUUUUUGUACUGGAAUUUGAGACACCCGCGACGGGAAGAAAGCAAACUGAACCACGGAAGCUGGACCCACGUAGCGAGUAGGGCUGGCGAAGCUGCAACACGGAGUAUUUAUUGGCCCAUUUCAUUGCCCGAUGACCGUUUUUAUGUUUUUUUCUCUCAUUGCCAAUUACUGACUUUCCAAGUGGCAGGUUCUGCAGACAGCUGGGUUGGGAGGGAGUCGGGGGAGAGAGAAGGCAGAUAGGGCCUUCCAGCUCAGUCGAGACUGAGCACCUGCAGCAGCGGCUGGCACCACCAUCCCCUCUUCACCAGCUGGAUGCUUGGCCCCUGUGUCUGGGAGUUCCCCAACCCAGAGCCAGAAUUUUCCGAUUAAUCAACAGGUCAGUCAGCCACCUGGGAGGCCGGGUGUUUAGGCCUGUCUUGAAGGCCCAUCUUUAAGCCCUUCUCAGUUCUGGAACUUUCCACCCAGCAUCCACCAUCUUUAGACGCAGCCUGGAGCUGCUCAGCUGCUUUGUGCGACGUGACCCCCGACGGGCUCAGACGUUUGCGUUGUUGUUAAUGCAGACCCCGCACUCGGGCGACCCCAAGGCUAUGUAAGCGUAGUGUGGAAUAACUGUCUUCUGUCAAUAAAGGCUG